AUGCUGGUUUCCUCCGACGUCUGGAAACGCUUGUUUCCUGCUAGUAGUAGCGGCGGAGGUGGUGGCGGCGGCGGUGCAGGGAAGAAAGGGCUGCUCUCGUCGGGUUCAUUGUUUAAUAAUUACAACAAUAAUAACAUCAGAAACAGAAGAAGAUCAAAUACCACAAUAAUGGAUCAGCUGCUGGUAAAGCUUAACCCAAUGAGGCUGUGUGCUGGGCUCAAAGUGUUGGGCUAUUUCAUGGUGGUUUUGGUGGUGGCCAUCAUCGGAAUUUCCUACUAUGCCGUCGUGGUUAUCACCUGGGGUCCACGCCUUCUCGACGGUGGCGCCAACUCUUUCUUUUCUUUCCUCAUACUCGUCCUCUUCCAUUUCUUGCUUGUACUGUUAACAUGGUGUUACUUAAUGGUUGUUCUUCGGGACCCUGGUUCUGUACCGGAAAACUGGAAGCUGGUUUCUCUGGGGGAUAUAGAAGAGGGCAACACAGCUGCUGUUCCCAGUUCAGAUCCUCAAAACCUGGCCCCUACAGUAGCAUCUUUGGAUGGAGUGGAAUUAGAGUCUGCUGUACGUUAUUGCAACACUUGCCGAAAUGGAAAGCCGCCUCGUUGCCAUCAUUGUUCCAUUUGCCAGAGAUGCGUUCUUAAGAUGGAUCACCACUGCAUAUGGGUUGUCAAUUGUGUUGGGGCUCAGAACUACAAGUUCUUCCUUCUUUUUGUGUUUUACACAUUUUUGGAAACAAUGUUGGAUACGCUUGCGCUGCUUCCAAGUUUCAUAAACUUUUUUGAACAAGCAAAGCACCGUUCUUCAUCACCUGCCGAUCUUGCUGUCACCUUUUUAGCCUUUGUUUUGAACUUAGCUUUUGCACUGAGUCUUCUAUGUUUCGUAGUCAUGCACACAUCUCUUCUCUUGGGUAACACCACUUCAGUCGAGGUUCAUGAGAAGAAAAGGACUACACGAUGGAAGUAUGACUUAGGCCGUAAAAGGAACUUUGAGCAGGUUUUUGGGACGAAAAAAUUAUUCUGGUUCUUCCCUUUGUUCUCUGGCGACGACUUGAAGAAUAUUCCUGCACUUCAUGGCCUGGAGUUUCCGAUUUGUUCUGAUACAGGUGUGGACUGUCACUGUGAUGCGAUUGAGUAUAGGUCGAUUUCCUCUUAUGAUGCGAUGAUAUCUCAUGGGACUUCCAGUGUUCUUACCCCGCUUUAUCCUCAACAGUAGAGGAUGCAGAGCAGUAACUUAUGAAUUAGGUAGUGAUGGAGUGAGAGCCUGAGACUAGGUAGUACUCCGUUUGUCCCAAAAUUACUAAAAAGUGAAAAUGCAAACUAGACAACAAUUUUGGGAUCGGGAGUAGUUGAAUGGAUUGUACAGAACUAUGUUGUUUGGAUGGGACUGGGAAACUAUGUUGUUUCACCACAACAGUUCCUUUUCAACAAUCAGAGUAGCAUAAUAGUGGUCAUAAGUGGGGAGAAAAACACCCCAGAAUCAUUAACAUUUCAACCGGAGGGUGAAAAAAGAAAAGAAAAAAGAAAAGCCAUUUAAGUACAACAUGUCUACAGAAACAGGCUAAACAGGACAGCAAAAAAUUCUGAGUUCAGUUCAGCAAGUUUUGAUCAACAAGAAUCGAACAAAUGCCGAGCUUUGUCGGAACACUGGGGUUCAGAUUCAGAUGGGCAUAUAAUAGGAGCGUGUGAUGCAUACAGCCGAAUCCAGUGUAGUAGUCAGAUAAAGUCUCAACAGCAUGCUGUUGCUUGGUUAUUGUUGUUGUUGGGAGGGGGUCAUCUCUCGGGAUCACGAUAAUGGAUGGUGGUCAAGUCAGCAACCACAGGCGGCAUCAUCAGGGAAGAAGAAGAAGCAUGAUGAGCUGGUGCCAGAGCAUAGUGUUCCUUCUGAUUAUCGUGGCGCUGCUCGUCAUUAUGACAUAACAACAACAAAUCUGAAACCGAGACAGAAAGCCAAACAAUAGCAGGGGUAGCCAACAGAACAAGACCAAAAGGGACCAUCCACAAUUGGGUGUAAGUGGUGUGAUACUUGAUCUCCCAACAGAUCAAUGUCAUCCCACCGGCCAAGCUGAUACAAAAUGAACCAAAGCACGCCAUCCAACCCCUGGUAUCUCCCUUGUGCCUUGAUCCCAUCACGUAUUGCAAACCAAGGAAACCUUGAACAAUGUAGAGGAAUCGAUAAUUAAUUAGUACUACUAUACUAGUCCAUCACUUCACUUGUGCCUGGUUAGGUAGAUGAGCUGCACUGGAUAAUAAUAAUAUUAAUUAGAAUACAACAAGGUUGCAACUAAGGAAAUUAGAAUCUUUUAUCUAAUGUAAGCGUAUAUAGUGAUGAUGAAAGUAGAAGCAUGGGUUGCUGGGGAAGGCUGCACUUGCUUCAUCCGGAACUCAACUCUUUUUAACUCUAUAAAUUAAAUUACUGUGAGUGGAAGAAGAUAAACACAAGGAGGUCCUACCCAAACGAGGAAAUCAAAAUCAACUGAUCAAGUUGGUAGCUAGUUGUAGAUAAAUUAGUGCUAGUGCUAACUCCUCCUAAUGUGGGAAGUAAACUAGGGUAGUUGGAGCUAUGGGCCGCUAGGCUAGUAAUAGUGCAUAACUGCUUCAAGUCACACAUGGUGAG